GUUUGAAGAUGUGAUGUUGAACACCAUCGGACACCGUGAGACGGAGAAGGCGUUACAGCUGGGCGCGAUGUACUCGGCACAGCAGGCGCUGUCCAUCGGACUGGUGGACAAGGUCGUGCCCUUAGCAGAGGUCAUGCCGACCGUGCAGGGCGAACUAAAAAACUGGCUACAGAUUCCAGACGCCGCCCGAGUCAUCACCAAGACGUCCAUGCGGAAGCAGGUGCUCGACCGUCUCCGCUCCCAGAAGGAGAAGGACGCCCAGUUCUUCGCAGACUUCAUCGGGCGCGACUCCGUGCAGAGGUCGCUGGGCGCGUACAUCGCUUCGCUGCAGAAGAGAAAGAGCUGAGGGCUGGGGAACUUCUGGCCUAUCGGACGUCACGUUUGUUUAAGGAUGAGUCAAUCUCUACAACUGGAAAAUUACUUACAGAAUUAAUCUUCUUCUUCUUCUUCUAUCCGGUUUAGUGUCCGUUGUUCCCUGUGCAGGGGUUGGACGUGUUGUCAGGUCAUUUUUGUCGACAAAUCAAACACAAAACACGACUUGACACGGGUUUGAGGCGGGGUUUUUAACGGCUGAAUGCCCUUUCUAACACCAACUCUGCUCACAGCCACCAGAGUCCGGCUGGGUUUCUUAGAGUUUUCCUUCUCUUGGGUCGGUCGAUGUUUAGGUCACUUGAAUAACUCUGUGUCUUAUCCACCAUCUGCAGAGAUUGAUUUGUUUUUAGCUAUUGCCUACCAGCAUGUCUACCCCUCGUGCAUGCAGAUACUCGUUUUACAUAGUUUACUUUCCAGGUUGUAGGAAGGGGACUGUGAAAA